UUUUCAUCAUCUGUCACUUGUCAAGUCAAUCCAAAAGCGCCAUCAGCAUUAGGAUCAAACAGAAUCUUUGACCAAAACAACUUUCUUGUUUACUAGUUAGCCAUUUGAAUCUUAUGAGGUACUUUGAGCUACAAAAGCCGACACGAGGUUAACUUCCUAAUGGUAAAGACACUAACUGGAUCUUUUUCGGGACAAAAAUGAAGAACGUCGCACCGAACACCUCACCAGACUCAGUGAAGAUAAAUUACAAUUAUGUAAAACUAAAAUGGAAGAGAAGACACGAUUUGGCAAUUUGGUUCGUUUUAUGAACAAGCAAAGGAAAGAGUUUGAAGAUGAACAACAAAUUCAAAUUCGGAAUGAGGAAAUGGCUCUGAAUGAAUAUCAACAUGACCAAGAGAAUAACUUAGCUCGGGAGUUAAGCAAAAUUAAGAGUGAUGAAUUGAAACAGCUUAAGCUAAGACAGCAACUUCGAGAAAAUUCUCAUGAGUUACGAGACCUGGAAAGAAAGCUGAAAGCCGCAUAUGUUAACAAGGAACUAGCAGCUCAAAUUGCAGAAAAAGAAGCUGAACGACAGAAUGAAAAGAUUCAAGAAAGAAGAACACACGAGCUUUUACAAGAAGCGCAAAUACGUGAGAAAGAAUUCAAAAAAAUGUUAACUGAGGAAGAUAUGGUCAAAAAAGCUCAAUACAAAAAAGAGCUUCAAGAUCAAAUCAUUUUAGGAGAAGAAUCUAAGCGUUAUUUAUACGAAGAGUUUUUGAGAGAAAAGAAAAUGAUCGAUGACAUUAUUCAAAGAAUUCACGACGAAGAUGAAAGAGAAAUACAUGAAAGAAUGUGCAAGAUGCAGAAGACGAGGGAGGAAAUGAUGGCGUUUAAAGCAGCUCAGGAAGCAUGGAAGCGAAAGAAAAAACAAGAUAUUGAAGAGGAAAAUAUUAGAAUUCAAGAAUUUUUGCAAAAGAAGAGUGCUGAUUCAACUGCAAGGUUUGAAGAACACAAACGCAAAGAAGAAGUCAAAGCUAAGAUUCAGGAAGAUCUGGCCAAACAGAUUUAUGCACAAACGAUCAGAAAAAAAGAGCGGGAAGAUAUCCUACAAGAGUUAAUGGUUGAAGAGCAAAAAGAAGCAUUAGAGCGAAGACAUAGGGAAGAAAUCGAAAAACAGAUCCGACAACGAAUCGAAGUGCGAGAAUCGUUGACAGAACAGUUGAAAGAGAAGGAAGAUAGAUGUCGACAAGAGGCAAUAGAAGAUGGAAAAUAUAAGCAGCAAUUGUUGGAUAAACUCGCAGAAGAUGAAAAAUUAGAACAAAUGUCAGCUCAGAAAAAGCGUAUGAAAAUGUUGCAGUUGCGAAGAGAUAUUGAACAAAUGAUGAUUGAUAGAAGGCAACAACGAGCUGAAGAAAUGCAACGCUUGAUUAGGCUCAAGGAGCAAGAAGAUCAGCAAAUGAAAAAUAGAAAUAAAAUCAUCGAGGAAGAGCGUAUACGUCUACUUAAAACACAUGUUAAAAACCUGGUUGGAUAUCUGCCAAAAGGGUUAUUAAAACCCAACGAUCUUCCACAUCUUGCAGGUGUCAUUUGACAAGAACUGACUGUGAGUUACUUAUAGCGAAUAUAUUUGGUAUUAUCUCAUUCAAAUUGAAUAAAUGUAUGCGGCUUUUUAAA